GUGCGUCGCUUUACGGCUCUCAUGGAGAGCUUCCACCGCGAGGCAGACGCGAAGGUCGUCGAAGGUGGGUGUAUGUUGCUUGUGCGAGCUUUUGGCGAGGAAGGGCGGGGUGCUGAUUGCUUGUUUGCUUGGUGAUGAUUAGCUGCGCGUGCGGCCGCUCCUCUUUCCGUCACCCACGAAGCAGAGCGCAAGGCCGCUCGGCGCUUCCCGACAGCACAUCGGAGCCAGGCGGGGGCAUCUACCGUGGUUCCCUUCCCUUCGCCAACUGCGGGCCCUGCAGAAGGCCAGCAGCUUGUCAGUGUGACAGUGGGGACAUCGGGCCGCCGCCGCAAGAGGAGCACGAGCGCUGCGAAGCCUGCAAUCCACGUGCAAGGACAAGAGAUUAGUGUGACGCGAUGAUACUAUUCGCUACUCAGUCGAGGCUUUCCCUGUGUCACGAGUUCGCUCGGGCAAGCCGUCGCUGCGCGUUUGCCGGAUAGUCUAAUAGCACCGGCUCUCGGCGUGCACUGCGGUCGGCGCAGCAGUCGUCUCGGAAAGAGACGCAUCUACAAUUAGGGCUUUCCGAGAUUGCCCUUCGAGUGGGUGGAGUGGAGUAGGGCAAUGGGCAGAGGGCGCGCAGCGAGUCCGUGGUUGUAGGAUGCUACUCGCUCCCUCUGCGCUCCCUCAAAUAGUGGCCGAGGCCGGGGAGUGGAGGAUGGGAGCUGUACUAAGGUGUAUCAUGAUGUAUUAUAUGUAUGCUAUUGGACACUUCUCGGACUUCGCCACCAACUUACCAGAUGACGUCUCUCCGUAUGAUCACUCAGGCGGAAACAAUAUCGCACUUCCACAAG